GCAAACAAGAAGCAAGGCAAAGGGAGUGACAUAUAAUAAGCUGCCGUAUGCCCGGAUUCAUUAGAUAUUCUUACCUCUUCUCCAUCGUUUUCACCAUAUUAGCCGUGUUAAUUGGUAUCUUCAUUGGGCCCAGAACCUCCCUUCCCAGCUUCCGGACGACCCCAUCAACACCGUCAACAACAUCAACAAUGGGUGGCGGACCUAUUGGCGGCUACCGUUCGGUAGCCUACUUCGUCAAUUGGGCCAUCUACGCCCGUAAGCACCGUCCGCAGGACCUGCCCGUGGAGAACCUGACCCAUGUGCUCUACGCCUUCGCCAACGUGCGGCCCGAGUCCGGCGAGGUAUACAUGACCGACUCGUGGGCCGACACCGACAUCCACUGGGAGGGCGACAGCUGGAACGACACGGGCACCAACCUGUACGGCUGCAUGAAGCAGCUCAACCUCCUGAAGCGCCGCAACCGCAACCUCAAGGUCCUGCUGUCCAUCGGCGGGUGGACCUACAGUAGCAACUUCAAGCAGCCGGCCUCGACGCCACAGGGCAGACACACCUUUGCGGCGUCUGCCGUUGAGCUGCUCUCCCGCCUGGGCUUCGACGGCCUCGACAUCGACUGGGAGUACCCGCAAAACGGCGCCGAAGCCGCCGAUUUCGUCUCACUGCUCGCCGAAGUACGCAGCGCGCUCGACCAGCACGCGCGAACGGUCGACAGCGCCAACCCGCCGCACUUCGAGCUGACGGUGGCGUGCCCGGCGGGGGCGCACAACUACAACAACCUAGACAUGGCGGGGAUGGACCGGUACCUGGACUUCUGGAACCUGAUGGCGUACGACUACGCCGGGUCGUGGGACUCGGUGGCGGGCCACCAGGCGAACCUGUACCCGUGCGGGCACGACGCCGCGCGCACGCCCUUCUCGACCGAGGCCGCCGUGCAGGCCUACGUCUCGCGCGGGGUCGCGCCCGACCGCAUCGUCAUGGGCAUGCCCCUGUACGGCCGCGCGUUCGAGGGCACCGACGGCCUGGGCCGGCCGUUCAACGGCGUCGGCGAGGGCACCUGGGAGAAUGGCGUGCACGACUACAAGAAGCUGCCGCUGGAGGGCGCCGAGGUGCUGGCCGAUUACGACGCCGGCGCGAGUUACUGCUAUCACCACGGCCGCAGGGUGCUCGUGAGUUAUGAUAACGUGGAGAUGGCGAGGGCGAAGGCCGAUUACAUUAGGCAUCGCGGGUUGGGCGGUGGGAUGUGGUGGGAGAGCAGCGCUGAUAAGGAGGGGUCAGAGAGCUUGAUUGGGAAUGUGGUUGACGUGCUCGGGGGUCCCAAUUCGCUCCAGUGGCGCCAGAACUGUAUCACAUACCCUCACACAAAGUACGACAACCUGAGGGACGGGUUCCCCAAUAAUUAG